ACCAUGACAACGGAGAAACGAUCCCGGCACAUUCCCUGUUGUCUGGCCCGCGGUUCCCAGGCAACAGCUACACAAAUCCAGGAAAACAUCCGGAAAAGAGUCUUGGUCGUCCAUCUGGUAGCCCGAAACGUGGAAUAACUGCAGGACUUGUUUACUCAUCAGGACAAUAUAUCUGUUAAAAAAAAAACAAAAAAAAAACAUGGCGACGACUUCCCUUCCUGUGUUGGACAGCAGCGACCCCCGUCUGAAGCUGAAGGUGGAGAACAGAAAAAGAAACGUUUUUGUAACUCAAGCGGAAGACACCAGACACAAAAAGGAGGAAAAUGUCAACCACAUACCUGUUGUGACCGAGACUUCAAGCAGACUCCUUGAGGCCGGGGUGAAUACUUUGCAAAGAACCCUGGUCCUGAAGAAACAGGCUGAGUUGGUUGAGGUGGACCAACAACUUGCACUCAAAAGACAAGAGUUUAAAAACCGUGUGGAGGCUCUAGCUCGAAGAAGGUCUGAACUGGAAAUAAAACAACAGCAGACUAAAGAUAGGGCGAUGAAGUUUGAGAAGUUUGUGGCUGAAAAUGAAGUGAAGCGGCGGCGAGCACUGAUGAAGUAUGAAGCUGCGCGGGAGCUGAACAUUUCUAAACAAAGAGAGAUAGAAGAUCUGACAGAACAGCUGAAACAACUCAGAGCCAGACAGCAAGUUUUAAAGGCCAGAAUGGCAAAAUACAAAAUCUAUGAGGACUACCUGAUGAAAACACUAGAUUAUCUUCCCAGCACUUACCCUGAUAAUGGGUCUGAAUCUGUGGUUAUGCCCAUCAUUCGGCGCCACGAGACCCUGUCCAUCACCCACCGGGAGCUGCUGCAGCGCUUGGGCCGUCUGGAGGAGGAGGUGGAGCAGCGACAGCGACAGCUCCAGAUAAUGAAGCAGGAGCACAGUAUUAAAAAACUGAUGUCCAAUAAAGAACUGUCUGAACUCCAGAAUGAGUUAGAAACCCUCAAAGAGAAGAACAAGCAGGCAGAGGUCAACCUGCUGAUGGAACAGGGCCUUUCCAGAGAGAAGGUUGAAGAAGUGGGUUGCUUGCUUAUGGCCAUCAACAACCUUGCAGAACAGUGUCAUCUACCAGCGUAUGGACCUCUGGAAAACAUAAACAUACUGACAAAGAUGGACAUGGUAAAGGAAUACAUCCUGGACAAGGCAGACACGGAGAGGAGAGCGAGGAGACUGAUGGAGUCAGGGUCCGCCAUGACAUGCAGAACUGCCCUGACAGACAAAAGAGAGAGGGGGUCAAUGAAAAGCAUGGGCAGUAAAACACAAAUCAAAAGUCCUAGUAAAGUCAGUAAAAAGAGUGAGACGAUGAGUUGAUGUAAAACUUUUCUAACUUACCAUGGUGUCACUGUGUACAGUAAUCUGAAUUUAUUUAGUAUGAAAGCUAAUUUUUGACCUUGAAAGCAAUUGUGUGACAGAGACAUGAACACGAAGAAAACUACAUCCGAUGAAGAAUGUGAGAUUUGUGGAAAGAGAUAAAAAUAAAUUAAUAAACCUUGUGUAUGAUUAUUAUGUAAAAAAUCCCAAAGUAGUCUAUUUUUUUGUGUAACAAUGUUCAAAACUCUUAAUACAAAAUGCUAUGCACCAAAUUUUGCACUUAAAGUUUCAUACAGAUUUGGAAAAUAAAUAAAUCAAGUGUAUUUAAGUAUCAGAACUUUGUAAACAUGUCUCUGGAAUGUAAUCAUUGUUGCAUUUUAAAAUAAAACAAUAAUCAAAUGAUGCUGUCAGACGGGAAGUAAUACCCAUCAAAAUGGCAUAUGCAAUGGUAUGUAUGCAAUUACAUUAAAUACACUGCA